UCUGCAAAUAUUUCACAAUAAACGUUUUGUUAGGAAAUGAAAUGCUAGAAGAUGUUUAAUUUAAAACAUACAGAAAGUUUUCAGUUUGUAUUAACGGUGCUGUGUUUGGAAAGGUGGUGAAUACCUGACUAGUGACUUACACAUUCACCUCCAGUGGUUGCAUAUCUUUCCCACAUAAUGCUGUAAUAAAACUUUACCAGGAACUACAUCAGGAACUACUGAGAGCCUACAGAAUCAGGCCAGACAUUAUAAAACUCUACAGGAGAUGUACAAGACCAAGGCCAGGCCCAACAAGAAGGAUGUUUCCCAGCUCAUGGACCUUGAAUUCCAAGCAAGACGGGCCUUCAUUGACUCUGAUGCCAUUAAGGAGCAGGACCGGCCUUCCAAGAUACUUCAAGCUUAUCCCUGCUUCAGAGAACUAGAUCAUAUCAUGGAUGAACUGCGUCGGAUUCUCGAUCUGCAUCGGAUUCUCGACUCUCACUUACCUGACCUGAUGACCCGCUGGGGGACCUUUUAUGAGAAGGCACAGUUUUAUGGAGUGUUCAAAAAGGUCAUGAAAGCCCCACAGCAGGACAAAGUGAAGCACUCACUUGCCAUGAUAAAGGCGUUACCUGGCAUGUUCCCAUCACCUGUGGCUCCACCCAAGAAGUUAGGACAUGCAAGUGAAGCUAUGUUUCAUGUUCUUGAGUCUAAAGAAGAUCCGAACACCUUUCUUCAGACGAGACCACUCUUCAGUCCUGUCGUGAUUGUCUGUGAAACCAAUUGCUUACUGGCCAUUGGAACCAUGCCUGUGGUGACCUUCCCAAAAGAGGACAUCUAUACUAGCGUGAUGUAUCUCAUGGCAUGUUAUUAUGCCUUUCACCUCACAUAUCCGAAGUGUAUUGCCACACUGCUCUCUGUGCUCCAGACAGAAGUCCUCUUGGAUGCCAUCCAUGACAAGGACAUGACUUCUUCAUAUAAAAAGGCUAUGGUUGAGUGGAAAAAGUUCAUUACUGAAUAGGGCUGCACGGCACUAUUUUUUCAUUUCUGGUUGCCAUAACAGAACUUUGUAUUGGCC